AUGUUUCAAUUAAUUUAUGCAUUUACAGUGGUUCCUACUUACGGUGGUUUGAUAAAGGAAAGGUAUUACUUUGUUCCAAGAGAGAAAAAAUCACAGAAUGCAUCAAGACCAAAUCGUGUGGUAACUCACCCUAUUAAGGAAGGAGGUUGGUGGAAGGCUACACAAGGCAGUAAAAAGAUUUUUGAUGAAAAAAGGAGGAUCGUGGGAUACAAGAAGAGUCUUGUGUUCUACCGAUACAAGAAGGAUACUAAGAAAUCUAGCAAAUCUGGAGAAAAAACCAACUGGAUUAUGCAUGAGUUCCGCCUUGCAGAAGAUGAUGGACAAGCAGGUGGCAAGUUCCAACAGUGGGUCCUCUGUAGAAUUAAAGAGAACAAGAAAGAAGGUGUUGAUAAAGAAGAAAGGCAAGGAGGAGGAAGAGGAGAAAACAUGGUCGGGGAUUAUAGGAAUCUCAAUGAUGCAUUUGUGUCCUUAAUCCCAUCUUUAGAACAAGGAAAUGAACAUCAGCAAGAAACAGUAUUGGAAAAUCAACAGGGUGUACCAGUGUUUUUAGUGGAUGAGGAAGAGACAGAAAUGAAUGAACUGGUGGAGAUGAUUGAAAAUUCUCUUAGCUAUUCUCCGAAAGUUCAUACAGCUCAUGCCAGUGUAGACAUUGAAGAACAACAACAACAGCUACCACAACCACAACAAGAGGACAAUGCAGUUCUUAUGCAGGAGCAUAUCUACUCUGAUGGAGUGUUCUACCAGCAGCAGCAACAACCACUAUUGCCACAACCACAGCCCAUGGAGAUAACACUACAGUCAAGUCAACAAGAAAAUAAUGAUGUGAAUCUUGUGUAUAAUGUGAUCCAUGUUAUGAUAUUUGG